UUAGAGAGGAGUUUUUUUUUUUUUUCUUUUUUUUUUCUUUUUUUUCCUUCUUAUUUUUUUAAACUAACGGAUCAUUAUUGUUGUUUUAAAUUUAGUUCUUAGAGCUUAGCUGUUUGGGUUUUUCUUUCGGUGUCGGGCCCCAGUCUCCCCGGUUUCUCCGGAGUAGCAGAGCGAGGCCGCACCCGCCUCGCCGCUCCAGUACCCGGCGAUCGCCUCCAUCCCACGGGGAGCGCGCUCGCCGCACCGCCUUUCAAGCCAGGCCAGGGGCCCAGGCGGUGGCGGGAGGCGACCGGGCCCUCGCCUCCUCUCUCGGUGGCGCUAGGGCUCCCCGCUGGCCCUGGGCUUCAGUGCGGGCGGAGAACCGAAAGCAGACCGGGCUUGGCUGGGACACCGUCUCUCCCCGGGCACCCACCCACUUACCCACUCACCCAGGACCCCGCCAGGAUCCUGCCAGGAUGUUCGCGGCCGGCCUGGCUCCCUUCUACGCUUCCAACUUUAGUCUCUGGUCAGCCGCGUACUGUUCCUCUGCCGGCGGCCCGGGCGGCUGCUCCUUCCCCUUGGACCCAGCGGCUGUCAAGAAGCCCUCUUUCUGCAUCGCGGACAUCCUGCAUGCCGGCGUCGGGGAGCCGGGGCCCGCUGCAGAGGGACUCGUGGGGGCCUCGGCCGCCCUCACCGCGCACUUGGGUUCCGUGCACCCGCACGCCUCCUUCCAAGCUGCCACCAGAUCCCCGCUGCGUCCCACCCCGGUGGUGGCGCCCUCAGAAGUGCCGACAGGCUUCCCUCAGCGGCUGUCCCCGCUCUCGGCUGCCUACCACCAGCAUCUCCCGCAGCAACAACAGACGCAGCAGCAACAGUCACAGCCACAGCCUCCGCCUCCACCCCGGGCGGGCUCCCUGCAGCCACCGGCUUCAGGGACCCGAGUGGUCCCCCACCAUAGCGGCUCCGCCCCUGCCCCCUCCAGCAAAGACCUCAAAUUUGGAAUCGACCGAAUUUUGUCUGCAGAAUUUGACCCAAAAGUCAAGGAAGGCAACACGUUGAGAGAUCUCACGUCGCUGCUAACUGGUGGGCGGCCUGCAGGGGUGCACCUCGCUGGCCUGCAGCCUUCGGCUGGACAGUUCUUCGCAUCUCUAGAUCCCAUUAACGAGGCGUCUGCUAUCCUCAGCCCCUUAAGCUCCAACCCAAGAAAUUCUGUUCAGCAUCAAUUCCAAGACACGUUUCCAGGUCCCUAUGCUGUGCUCACCAAGGACACCAUGCCGCAGACGUACAAGCGGAAGCGCUCCUGGUCCCGUGCGGUCUUUUCCAAUCUGCAAAGGAAAGGCCUGGAGAAGAGGUUUGAGAUUCAGAAGUACGUGACGAAGCCAGACCGAAAGCAGCUGGCAGCGAUGCUGGGACUCACCGAUGCUCAGGUGAAGGUGUGGUUCCAGAACCGGAGGAUGAAGUGGAGACACUCUAAGGAGGCUCAGGCGCAAAAGGACAAGGACAAGGAAGUCAGCGAAAAGCCUUCUGGAGGAGCCCCCGCCGAGGGCGAACUGGAAGAGAGAAGCCCCAGCCGUUCCGAAGGCGAGGCCGAGAGCGAGAGCAGUGACUCGGAGUCCCUGGACAUGGCCCCCAGCGACACGGAACGGACUGAGGGGACUGAGCGGUCCCUGCACCAAACUACGGUCAUCAAGGCCUCCGCCGCCGGCGCCCUUCUCACAACCAGCAGCAGUGCCAGCGGUGGCAGCUUCAGCUUCAGCAGCCUGGGUAGCAACAACACCGGCGCGGGGAGUGCCAACAGCCUUGGCGGGAGCAGCUCGGAGCUGCUCCCCGCGCACCAGCCCUCAGUCACCAGCAAUCCCCAGAGUCCGGAGCCUGCCCAAGCCCCGCUUGCAGGCUUAUAGACUGAACCAAGGGUGCUUAUGGCAUGGCAUGGCGUGGCAUGCAACUUCCCCAUCACUGGCUGGAGUUUGUGUCUACUUUAGUUGGUGGCAAGGGUCGCCGAGAUGGGAGACGCCAAGGGCAGCUUCUUGGGGUUCACACCCUUUCUUUUGCUGCCUAGGCUGCCUGAGGCCUACAGCUCCCAAAAGAGAGGAAAGUUUUGAGGUUCCCCUGCCAAAGAAUGCAACUGUUCCCCCUACCCAAGCAGCCCACACUGUGAAGUGUUUGAUGGAACUGUUGCUCUGAGCACCAGGGGUCUUGGCAUAAGGACUUGCUGCACUUAGAAGGCCUUUAACUUGUAAAUAAAAU